CUCCUGUCUGGACAGCCUUUUAUUAUCUUCUGGGGUAUCCCUGAUUCUUCCUGCUCUGGUCGGCCAGAUCCCGGCUCUUUCGGGAUGGAACGGGACGGCCGUGUCGCUGUCUUUUAUGAAGAUACAUUGGGGAACUACCCUUACUUUGUAGAUAUAGACACGCCAAUAAAUGGGGGACUACCACAGCACACGAGGCUGGAUACUCACCUCCAGAAGAUGAAGCAGGACUUAGAGGAAGCUUUACCUGCCCCAAGGUACCUUGGUCUGGGGGUACUGCGUUGGGCUGAGUGGGUCCCUCAGUGGUCGAGGAGUCGAGAGAAGCAAGCGUUAUAUGUGGAGGCAUCAAAGAAACUGCUUAAGGGUUUUUUUCCUAACUGGACCCCUGCAGAAGUGGAGAAGUGGUCAAAGGUGGACUUUGAGGCAGCAGCCCAGUCAGUAAUGAUGGAGACUCUACGGGAGGUCAAAAGGAUAAGACCCAAAGCAUUAUGGGGCUUUUCCCCUUACCCUAGCUGUUACAAUAGCGACCCAACUCAAACCAUGUUAGCCAAUUACACCGGCCAGUGCCCCCCUGCAGAGAUGGCUCUUAAUGACGAGCUUUCAUGGCUAUGGAAACGAAGCUCUGCCCUCUACCCUCUCCUCACCCUGGAGAAGCUGCAGAGUGGGACACCUGGAGCCAGGCUUUUUUUAUCCAGUCAAAUAAAGGAAGCACUACGAAUAUCUUCUGCGAGCGGGGCAGAGUUUGACCUUCCAGUAUUUCCUCUUGUUAAGAGUGUUUAUGCCUCAACUAACACUUUUUUAUCACCGGCUGAUCUGGUCAGCAGCAUAGGAGAAAGUGCUGCCAUGGGAACAGCAGGAGUUGUCAUCUGGGAGAGAAGUGAGACUAAAACAGAGAGAGAGUGCCAGGAACUGGCUGAGUUUGUCCGUAAGGUCCUGGGACCCUACUCCAUCAACGUUACCACAGCAGCUCGACUCUGCUCAGCCUCCCUUUGUCAAGGAAGAGGUAGAUGUGUCCGUCAAAAUCCAGAAAGCUCUGCCUAUCUCCAUCUCCCACCUCCAUCCACAGUGGCUGAAAAGUCUCAGGUGGAGGCAGCAAAAGCCACGGAUCUGCCGGACACAGACACUAAGACAGCUGAACCGGAUCCAGCUGAAAUCUGGAAGAAAGACUUCCAGUGCCAGUGGUAUAAGACAGAAGACCAGGAUGUCUUAGACCUGCAGUCUCCCAAAGAUGGAGUGUCUCUUGGAGGAACACUGGAAGCAAACGCUGGAGGUGCAACAGAGACUACAACAACUGCCACAACAAAACGUGCCUCUGUGACAGAAUUUAGUGGGAGUAGCACAGCUGGUACUGGAAUUCCAGCACCUUCACUGGAAGCAUCGACAGAUAAGGGUACCAAUCCCCCGAGUGCCCCAAACAUCACCGUUUUGCUGUUGCUGGUGCUUGGAAGCCUAAACCUGGAACCUUAAAUUUUGAACUGAACAGCCUUCCUCUUGGAGGACUGCACCAAAACCACAUGUGUGAGCCCUUCUGAAGUGCCCUUGAGCAAAACAUCCAAACCCUGU